UUUACUUUACUUCCUCUAUGACAAAAUAUGUCAACAAGCCAAAUCUAAACAGAGUUAUACAAAAUAAUUGUAAAUUUCACUAAAUUACUUUGUUAAAUAUUAGUACGAUAAGAGCCAAUUAAUUUGAUUAUAUAUUGAUAUUUGUACAUUGCGUACCUACACGUAAAUACAUGAAACGUGAAGCUUGUAUUAAUUCAUCGAUGGUGAAUUGCAGUUAAGAAAAAUGUGGUAAACUUACUAUUCUGUAUCAGCAGUAGUCUCAGAAAACGACUCAAUAUGCAGGCAAAAAAGCGCUAUAUUCUACUGUCCUUAUCUGGCAUAUUAUUAAUAUAUUGUUACUAUGGCACACAUCACUUCACAUCUGAAAUUGAAAGUGAUUACAUAGACAGCCUUCCUUCAUUUGCAACGCCGGAGAUGUUGGCUGAGGCCCCCCCCGCGCAGCCGCGCAAGCCUCGCUCCACUGCGAGACCGUGCAGGAUGGAAACAUGCUUCGAUUUUUCAAAAUGCGGCAAUGACCCAAAAGUCUAUGUAUACCCAACUGAUGGUCCUGUAAGCGCUUCGUAUAGAAAAGUCCUGUCGGCCGUGCGCGAGUCGAACUACGUGACGCAGGACCCCACGGAGGCGUGCCUGCUGCUGCCCGCCGUCGACACGCUGGACGCGGACCCGCUGUCGUCCGAGUACGUCGCCGACGUCGGAGCGAGACUGUCUCGACUGCCAUACUGGAAUAAUGGCAGAAAUCAUAUCAUUUUUAAUUUAUAUGCUGGAACGUGGCCCGACUAUGCAGAGGAUGCGCUGGGUUUUGACCCAGGGGAGGCGAUCCUGGCGCGCGCCAGUGCGUCGGAAACCAUCUUCCGGCACGGGUUCGACGUGUCGCUGCCGCUGUUCCACAAGCAGCACCCGGAGCGCGGCGGCGCGCCCCCCGCCGCCCCCGCCAACACCUUCCCCGCCACGCGCCGCCACCUGCUCGCCUUCAAGGGCAAGCGCUACGUGCACGGCAUCGGCAGCGAGACGCGGAACUCGCUGUGGCACCUGCACGACGGCGACCGCAUGGUGCUCGUCACCACGUGCCGCCACGGGAAGUCGUGGAAAGAUUUACGAGACGAGAGAUGCGAUGAAGACAACCGUGAAUACGAUAAGUUCGACUACGGGCAGCUGCUGUCCAACUCGACGUUCUGCCUGGUGGCGCGCGGGCGGCGGCUCGGCUCGUACCGCUUCCUGGAGGCGCUGGCGGCGGGCUGCGUGCCCGUGCUGCUCAGCAACGGCUGGCGGCUGCCGUUCGACGAGCGCAUCGACUGGCGCCGCGCCGUCAUUUGGGCCGAUGAGCGCUUGCUGUUGCAGGUGCCCGAGCUCGUCAGGUCGGUGCCUCCCGAGCGGAUCCUCGCGCUCCGACAACAGACACAACUGCUGUGGGAGCAAUACUUUUCAUCUAUUGAGAAGAUCGUAUUUACAACUAUUGAGAUAGUGGUGGAGCGCAUCCUGGCGCACCGCUGGUCGCGGCAGCGCGAGGCGCUGGUGUGGAACGCGGCGCCGGGCGCGCUGGCCACGCCGGCGGGCUACGCGGACUGCCGCGCGCAGCUGCCCGCGCCGCCGCCGCCGCCGCCGCCCGCGCCCGCGCCCCCGCCGCCCGCCGCCGCCCCGCUGCCCGCCCCGCUCCCCGUGCACGCCCCCGCGCCGCCCACGCUCGGCGCCGGCUACACCGCGCUUGUCUACGUGCAGGCCUCCUCGCCCGCGCUGCACAAGUUGCUGGCCAAUUUGGCCAAGAGCGAGUUUUGUGAGAAGGUGGUGGUAGUUUGGGACAGCGGGCGCGCGGCGCCGGCGCUGCGCUCGCUGGCGCGGCCGGCGCGGGACGCCCUGCCCGUGCACGUCGUGGACGCCACCACGCAUUAUCCGGGCGCGGGCGUGUGGGCGCGCUGGCGGCCGCUGUGGGCGGUGGCGACGGCGGCCGUGUUCUCGCUGGACGGCGACGCGCCGCUGCUGGCGGACGAGCUCGACUUCGCCUACUCCGUGUGGCGGCACUUCCCCGAGCGCCUCGUCGGCUACCCGGCCAGGACGCACUACUGGGACGAGGCUAAGGGCGCAUGGGGCUACAGCAGCCGCUGGGGCGCGCAAUACUCGCUGGUCCUCGCGGGCGCGGCGCUAGUCCACCGGGCGCACCUCGCGGCGGCCGCGGCGGCGCCCCCGCGCCUGCGCAGUGCCGUCGCCGCGGCGAGGAACUGCGAGGACCUGCUGCUGGCCGGCCUGGUGGCGCGCGCCACGCGCCGCCCGCCCAUCAAGCUGGCGCAGAGGACGCGGUACAAGCCGCAUCAUCAUAACAACAGCAGGUCCUCGUGGAGUGACCCGGAGCACUUCGUGCAGCGGCAGUCGUGCCUCAACACGUUCGCGGCGGCGUGGGGCGAGCUGCCCCUCCCGCGCUCCGUGCUACGCCUCGACCCGCUGCUCUUCAAGGACCCCGUCUCCAACCUGCGCAAGAAGUACCGCAAGAUGGAACUCGUGUCCUAGAGUAUAAGACUUAUUAGCUCCUAGAUUACAUAUCUGUAGGUUAAGGAUUAAAAGCAUUUCGUUGUUUUGUAAGUGUAACAUUAAUUUAGUGUUUGUUGUUUAUGUUACGAAUUUGUAAUACUUUAUCUGUGAUCUCAUUAUUGACGCGCUGUUUUUUACGCGACACUUUUACUACCUAGUUCGCACGCUGUUUUGUUGCUCGCGAUCAAUGUCACGACGCCAGUUCAUUGUACCCUGUUGUAUACCAUAUAGAAUGUAUCCAAUAUAGAAGAAACCCCUUUAUAAAAA